AUGCAUACAAAAAUUUAUUUUGAUGAAUCAGAUCUUUUUCCAUAUGAACCCAUAUCUCCUAUUUGGAUGAUAUUCUAUAUAAUAUUAACAUUUUAUUUUUUUACUAUAUGCAAUCAAAAAUUAAAUGGUAAGAAUAAAAACAAAAAAAUUCACUGGUUACAUCAAAAUACUUUACUUAGUUUUAUUCAUGCAUGUAUUUGUUCAGCAUUAAUAUUAAUUGGUAUUAUAUGUGCACCUGGAAUUUUUCAAGAUCCAUUAUCACAUUCUAAUCAUUUUAAUUAUGCUAUACUUGCAUUUAGUACGGGUUAUUUUAUAUAUGAUUUUGUUGAUUGUUUACAAAAUUCAACAGAUUCUGUAUUUCCGAUUUUAAUUCAUCAUCUUAUUGUUAUUUCAUUUUUAUCACAUGUACUUUAUUAUACACGUAAUGUUGGUUAUGCUAUAUAUGGUCUUUCAAUUGAAGUAAAUAGUAUAUUUUUACAUGCUCGACGAGUUAUACGUUGGUAUCCACCAAUAUUUAAAUCGGCUUAUCAUAAUCAUCUUCUUAAAAUAUUUAUUGAUAUUGGGAAUUAUUUAACAUUUAUUUUAUUUCGUUUUGGUAUUGUUUAUGUUGGUUUACGUGCAUUAUAUAUUCAAGGAGAACGUGUUCAUCCAGUUAUAAAAGCAUAUACUGUUACGAUUGUUUCGUCUAUGGGAUUUUUAAAUGUGAUUCUUCUUUAUCGUCUAUUGAAAAGUCAAUUCAAGAAAAAAUCAAAAAAUAAACGAGAAAAACAAUCAGAAGAUAAAAUCUUAAUGACUGAUAAUCAUAUUUUAUUACCUAGUUAA